AUGCUUGUAUUAGUCAUCGCCUUGGUAUUUCUUAAGUCAAUCCUUGCAACACCACCAGCUUGUUUUUUAAGUUGUAUUAAUGAAAUUGCCCAUGAUUGUCCCGAAGAUGCUGUAAAUUUAACAUGCAUUUGUAUCAAUGAAGAUUUGAUCAUUGGCUGUCUUGUCGAUAUAUGUCCGUUUGGAACGUUUAUAAGUGCCAGGGAUCAUUAUAUUGGAACGUGCUUAGAACACGGUCGUCCUUCAAUUACCAAUCCAGUUCCUCCACCAGCAAUUUGGCCACCAGAACCAAAAGUUUCUUCAAUUUCGAACACUACUAUGAGAACCGAAUUUACCAGCUCAAUUAUGCAAGUAACACAAACAGUUGAGUUCCCAGCUAGAGUUACAAUAACUCCUAUACCAAGUGAUAUACCUAAACCUGAGAUUGUCGACGAGUCCGAAGAUGAGUUUUAUAACCCUAAUGAACCAUGUGAAUGGGAAGAAACUGACUCGUUAGAUGAAAAUGGCGCCUUCAUAGUAAUUCGAAGACCAGUUAAUGUACCUAAACGUUAUCGAGAUCCAUCAAAUGUUGGAAAUAUCAGAAGGGUCAUCAUAACACGACCAGUUAAUUAUUAUUCCAAUCAACAGGCAUCCGAUAAUCCUAAACCACACAAGGUCCAACACGUUAAGAGAAUUAAAAAAUUCCCCAAAAAAGUUUCUAAAAAUGCUAAUGAAUCAAAAAUGUCACCAUCAACUUUGAAUCAAAAAAUCAAGCCCAAUAGAAAUAACUUGAAGAAACUCCACAAGAAAAAAUUCAAAGUAAAUAGAAAAUCAAUAUAA